AUGGCACGAGAUCCGCGGGGACCAGCGCGUGAGAUGCAUGAUGCCAUCUGUCGAAAGAUCAAGGAAAUGGUCGACUUGGACUUCCUGGUCUACCGGAGCCUUUACUACACGGAGCAUCUGGUCAGUUCUGGUUCUAGCAGUCGAUAUCCCUUGAAUGGUAGCUUUUGCAUCGGCCCGCACUGCGGAACGCGGUAUUGGGACUGUAGCGCUGGAGAAAGUCGAUAUUACCACCACAAGAGACCAAAUCCUGGGCCUUGGAGGUUAUCCACGGAGCACAGCGAUCGAGGGCAUGACAUGGACGAAUAUUGCGAUGGUUUGAUUGAUGCUGGGUUCUCCAGUAUCCCGCCUUCUAUCUCGGAGGAAGCACGCAGACCCUCGUAUGACGGGUCCAUUGACAGUCAUCAAGCCAUCCUCGAAAAGUGCCGGACUGUGCUGAAGACAAUGGCCGCAGCCUCUCGAAUCAAGAGUUCGUCAAAGCCAGUAUUGCUCCAUCCAGAUCUACAUACAAGGAAUAUUUUUGUGUCGGAAAAUGACCCGAUCGCUAUCACGGGGAUCAUUGACUGGCAGGGAGCAAGCAUCGAGCUGGCUUUCUGGUACUCUGAUGGGAGACCGGACUACGCAACGCCAAUGGACCCCCGGACGAUGUCUGCGCCCGCGCGUUUGACGUUGGCUCUCAAUUCCUCACUCCCGCUCUUUGGGGCCCUAGGUCGAUGGAUGAGAGUUUCUUCCGUCCUUUUCACUACAGCUACCGAACGUGGAAAGAUGGCGCCGUGGCGCUGCGACACGAGUUAA